GUGUUUACAACUCCUUCGUCUCCUUGAGCGGGUUUCUUUUCUUUUCAAAUCUGCUUCCUUUCUUUCUACCUAUUUCUCUUUUGUUCACAUUUGUUUCCUCAACACUAAUUUUUGAGCUACUUAACUUCAUAAUCAACCAAGUCAUAUAUAUUAAUAUAUUCAACACUAAAAUCAUCACACUCUUUUUUUUUUUGGUGGCAGAAGUUUGAACGAAACCUUACAUAUAUUAUGCAUUAUCUCUACCAACUAAGCUAAUUUUACGAGGACAAAUCAUCACACUCUAUAUAUCCUUCAAGAGUGCCAAAAAAAUACACAACCAACAAUAUUUUCUACUUAGCAAAUAUUCUUCAGCUCGCCGUGUUUAUAGUUUCUGACAUUAAAGGUUACGCUUUCUUCAUCAAAUUUGAUAAUUAAGAAGAAAAAUAAGAGGAAGAAAAAAAAAAUGAUGAAUAUAUUUUCAGUGUCGGGUGCUGUUGCUUGCAAGCCUCUAGUGAGUUUCCAACCUCCACUAAUGGAUAACAAUUCAUUGUUUCAACAACAUCGUAACAAGGAGAAAGUACUUGUGAUCAUGGGCGCCACCGCAACCGGGAAAUCCAAGUUGGCAAUAGAUUUAGCAACACAUUUUCCACCGGCAGAGAUUAUCAACUCCGACAAAAUACAAGUUUACAAAGGACUUGACAUAACAACAAACAAAGUCACAGAAGAAGAGUGUCGUGGGGUCCACCAUCAUUUACUUGGAACCAUUGAUCCUAAUUCAGAUUUCACAUCCAAGGAGUUUUGUGAACAGGCGACGAUGGCUACUGGCUCCAUCGUCGCUAGAGAUGGGUUACCUAUUAUAGCAGGUGGAUCAAAUUCGUACAUUGAAGCUUUGGUUAAUCAUCAUCAUGAGUUUCAUACAAGGUAUGAAUGUUGUUUUCUUUGGGUUGAUGUUUCACGUCAAGUACUCCAAUCAUCUUUAUCCACACGUGUGGAUCGGAUGAUUGAAGCAGGUCAAGUUGACGAAGUUCGUGAAAUAUUUAACAAAGAAAAUCAUGAUUAUACAAGAGGGAUACGAAGAGCCAUUGGUGUACCUGAAUUUGACCAAUUUUUUAGAGCUGAGUUAGAAGGAAAAGUUGAUGAAAGAACCAUGAAGAAGCUUCUAGAAGUUGCUAUUGAUGCUCUUAAAAUAAAUAAUAUUAAGCUUGCAAAUAGACAAGUUCAAAAGAUUCAUAGGCUUUAUGGUAUGUGGAAGAGGAACAUGCACCGUCUUGAUGCUACGGAGGUGGUGCUUAAGGAGAAAACUUGGGAGGAUUGUGUUUUGACAAAGAGUCUUAGGAUUGUUCACAAGUUUCUAUACGAUGAUUGUUCAGUGCGUGUUAGAAAUGGUGGUGGAAGUGGUGGUGGUUUAGUUGUGCCUGCAAAUAUUGGUUCUGCCACGGUGGCAACAGCAGUAACCCAUUAGAGGUAGGGUCGAGCCAGCAAGAGAAGAAUCAAAAAUAUUAUAUAGAUCAAACCACACCACUGACAUUACAAUAUUUGACAUUUCACAUAUAUUUUUUUAUUUUUGUUUUCACCCCACUCCCCUUCGUUAGAGUCAUGUCAUUUUAGUAAAGGCUUACUUGUAUACUUACUAGCAGUUGCUAUACAUAUAUAUAAUGUCUUGUUUGAUUAAAACUAUUGGACAGUUUUCAUCUAUAUCGAUGUAAUAUUGUUACAACAAUUACAACAACUAGCCGA